GGCUCGGCGCGAGGCCGCGCCGGCUCGCCGGGAUUUGGAAAGGGUGCUUGGGGGUUUGCGUCUUCGAUUCCCAGAACGGUGACGGGAGAUUCGCACCCUUCGCCCUCGCGAAGUGAGGUGGUGUGGAGGGGCGAGGGAGGCGCCGAUGGGCUGUGGGGUGGAGGCCUUCUGGGCCGCCGAGCUACACCUUCACCCCAUUCAGAGCUCCUGGAGGCCGUGGAGCCUGACCUGCCGGCCCUGAGAGCCAUGGGGCUCCACCUUUGGGCUGCAGGCCCCGAAACCCGUCUUGCCGGAAUCAGCGAUGUGAUGGCGGAGGCCUUGGCUGAAGCCGAUGAGCCUGUGCCCGGGUACCUAUCUGCCCCCCAGAGCGUAAUGGACACGUGCCUGUACAUCUUCACCUCUGGCACCACGGGCCUCCCCAAGGCUGCACGGAUCAGCCAUCUGAAGCUCCUGCAAUGCCAGGGUUUCUACCAGCUGUGUGGUGUCCGCCCGGAGGAUGUGAUCUACCUCGCCCUCCCGCUCUACCACAUGUCCGGCUCCCUGCUGGGCAUCGUGGGCUGCCUGGGCAUUGGGGCCACAGUGGUGCUCAAGUCCAAGUUCUCAGCUGGCCAGUUCUGGGGCGACUGCCAGCAGCACGGGGUGACCGUGUUCCAGUACAUCGGGGAGUUAUGCCGAUACCUGGUCAACCAGCCCCCGAGCGAGGCGGAACGGGGGCAUAAGGUCCGGCUGGCGGUGGGCAGCGGGCUGCGCCCAGACACCUGGGAGCGUUUUGUGCGGCGCUUCGGGCCCCUGCAGGUGCUAGAGACGUAUGGCCUGACGGAGGGCAACAUUGCCACUUUCAACUACACGGGACACCCGGGUGCCGUGGGGCGAGCUUCCUGGCUCUACAAGCAUGUCUUCCCCUUCUCUUUGAUUCGAUAUGAUGUCACCACAGGGGAGCCGAUUCGGGACACCCGGGGGCGCUGUGUGGCCACAUCUCCAGGUGAGCCGGGGCUGCUGGUGGCCCCAGUGAGCCAGCAGUCCCCCUUCCUGGGCUACGCUGGGGGACCAGAGCUGGGCCGUGGGAAGCUGCUGAAGGAUGUCUUCCGACCUGGAGAUGUUUUCUUCAACACCGGGGACCUGCUGGUCUGUGACAACCAAGGCUUUCUUCGCUUCCAUGAUCGGACCGGAGACACAUUCAGGUGGAAAGGGGAGAACGUGUCCACCACCGAGGUGGCAGAGGCCCUGGAAUCCCUGGAUUUUCUUCAGGAGGUGAAUGUCUACGGAGUCACAGUGCCAGGACACGAAGGCAGGGCUGGCAUGGCGGCCCUCGUUCUGCGUCCCCCCCAGUCUCUGGACCUCGAGCAGCUCUACACCCACGUGUCUGAGAACCUGCCGCCUUACGCCUGGCCCCGAUUCCUGAGGCUCCAGGAGUCUCUGGCCACCACAGAAACCUUCAAGCAGCAGAAGGUUCGGAUGAUAAAGGAGGGUUUUGACCCGGGUGUGCUGUCUGACCCCCUCUACGUUCUGGACCGGGCUGGGGGCGCCUACCUGCCCCUCACACCUGCCCGGUACAGUGCCCUCCUGGCCGGGGACCUUCGCCUCUAAAAGCCCUCCCUGCCGAGGCGCCUGAGGGAGCGACUCUGUGGGUGGGGGUGUUGCAGGUGCGCUGGGGUUCCCCUGGAUCUUUUUGCCGGAUCUGUGAUCAUUAUUUUGUAAUAAACGGACCAGGGCCAGCCUUUGA